ACCCACUACUCUUCAUAGGCAGAGAGAGAGAGAGGGAGAGAGAGAGAGAGAGAGAGAGGAAGCACUGGAGCAGCAGGCAUAUCAAUGAUGAUCAUAGCAUGGAGGUCAUCAUCACCCCUAUCUGAUCUUCUAUUUCUGAGGAAGUAUAUCUCAUCUUUCUUCCUAGCUUCACCAUCAACAUCACCACCACCUUCACCACCACUCUCAUCCGACAACCACCUACCCUAAUCUCACGUAUUCCACUUUUCUUCCAUUACGUUUUAUUGUAGGAUAAUCAACCUUGAUGAAAGCCCAUCCCUCAUAAACGGAAGGUGUUGCUGGGACAUAGAUUAUCAAGAAGUGGAAGCAAUAUUUGAGUUUAAUUUCAUGAUGGCUCGACAAUUGUGUGAAGACAAAUCCAAGGACAUGGCUUCAUCGACUGGUCUGUUCUACCCUGAUGUGUCAUCAAACAGCCCAACUCUCCAACCCCAUCUGAUGAACCACAUCCAAGGCUUUGUGACCGACCCAGAGAUGUUCAACCUCACCACUGGCAUGGAGAUGAUAGGGUUUUCCAAGAAUCUUCAUCCACACAGUGAAAGCAACGGGGUCAUGUGGAAAAGUUUCUUCGGGAAACCAAGUCAACACGCGGGUCCUUCCUCUUCCAAAACUAUGAACGAGUCUUCUUGCAAUUUUUAUAACCAGCACGAGUAUAGCAAUAAGCAAGACUUCACAUCAGGGAUUUCAGAAACAAGUAGCGAAAAUUUGAUAGUCGGUGGUGCCCAUGAUUCUGCCCCGUGGCAAGAGAACAGGCUAAUGCUUGAUGAUUCUUCCUUAAGGUGCGUGUUCCCCUGUGAAGGUAACGAAAGGCCCAGUCAAGGUCUUUCACUCUCUCUCAGUUCAACCAACCCUUCGAGUAUUGGGUUGCAAUCUUUCGAGCUAAGACAAACAAACCAUCAUCAGCAUCUUUCUGAUUUUGUUUCGAGAGACGGGUAUUUUGGAAAAUCGGUCAAUGCUCAACAACAGCAACAAGUGUUGCAAGACGGGUACAUGAGUCCUAACAAAGCUGCAAAUAUUUAUCAGGGACAUUUUCUAAUCAAGAACUCCAAGUUCUUGGUGCCUGCACAGCUCCUUCUGAACGAGUUUUGUAGUCUUGGAACAAAGGAAAAUGACGUGCAAAAGCAGAAGCAGUCUCUAAAGAACAAGCCGUGGGAAGAGGGUAACAACGGUGGUGGUUCCUCAAAGAACCAUUCUCUUGGCUCUCUAGAGUUCGUGGAGUUGCAGAAGAGAAAGACAAGGCUGCUAUCGAUGCUGGAAGAGGUUGAUAGAAGAUACAAACAUUACUGUAACCAAAUGAAGGCUGUGGUCUCCUCCUUUGAAGCAGUGGCGGGUAACGGAGCAGCCACAGUUUAUUCGGCUUUGGCUUUGAGAGCCAUGUCUCGCCAUUUUAGGUGCCUGAAAGAUGGAAUCAUGGAACAAAUUCAAACCACCAGAAAAGCUAUGGGAGAGAAAGACCCCGUUGCACCAGGAACAACAAGGGGCGAAACACCGAGGCUUAAAAUCAUUGACCAAUCACUGAGACAACAAAGGGCCUUUCAACAAAUUAGCAUGAUGGAAACCCAUCCCUGGAGACCUCAACGUGGCCUUCCCGAACGAUCCGUUUCAGUUCUUCGGGCUUGGCUUUUCGAGCACUUUCUUCACCCGUACCCAAGUGAUGUCGAUAAACACAUCCUAGCCCGCCAAACCGGUCUCUCCAGAAGUCAGGUUUCGAAUUGGUUUAUUAACGCGAGGGUGAGGCUGUGGAAGCCGAUGGUGGAGGAGAUGUACUUGGAAGAAGAGAAGGAGCAACAGAACGACGUCGCAUCGUCGGAGGGAGGAGGCACCAAUCCCGAGGGUGAUCAGAACGCGGCAAGCGAGGAUCAGAAGCCGACGCAGGCUCGGCUCCUCCGAAUUGACUCGGAGAUGUCGUCCAUGGUGAGCAACACGGAGCAGAAAAACGACAGCAAGAGCGGAAAAAGCGUCCAAAAUGACGAGCAAAUGAAUGAGAGCAACCAUCCCGCGGAGGCGUUCGGGGCGGUGGAGCUUGACUUUUCGUCAUACGCGCAGCAGUCCUCCGGCGUGGUCGGUUACGAUGGUGACAGCGGGAACGAGAGGUUCCGGGGUGGCGGUGGGGGCGUGUCGUUGACGCUAGGGUUACAGCAGCAGGGUGAAAGCGGGGUGAGUUUAGCGUUCCCGCCAGCGACUCAAAGCUCGAUGUUCUACCCACGGGACCAUAUAGAAGAGUGUCAAACAGUCGAGUACUCUCUUUUGGACGGCGAAGGACAAAACAUGCCGUAUAGGAAUCUCAUGGGGACACAAUUGCUCCAUGAUUUGGUAUGAUAUCAUUAAUCAUAUUAUAUACUCUUAAUUCGAUCAUGGAGAUGUCACCUAAGUAUAUAUAUGUUCUAGUUUUCGUGAAAAAAUUAGUUAAAGUAGAAGGAUUAGUUUUCAGUUUUAGUUAAAUUAGCUUUUAUAUAUAUAUAGUACACAGUUAAUUAUAUAUAUAUCAAUUAAUGCUUCCAUAAUAUAGAAUUUCAGCCACACUACACUUGUAGUUAGAUAAUGUAAACUUUUCAACAGGUAUUGAUCAUGCGCAUGCCUCGUCUAUUUUGGAAUUUGAAUC